AUGUUUUACUUUCUUCUCUACCUCUUCUUGCAGGUCGUGCUGUUCGGGGCCUGGGUGACAGGCACCCUGGACCCAUACCAGAAGAGACUCCAAGAAAUACUACUUGAAACGAUGGGAGAAAACAAGGUGUCCUAUGGAUUAAAGAAGAGCUUGACUGGCAAAAAGCUCAUUGAAGACGAGAACUUCAGCAAGAUUCAAGAUCAAUUAGGCAAUCAGCUGGGAGGAGUAUUUGGGAAGGGAGGCGUGGGCGACGGCUUGGGCUCUAUGCUGAGCAAGGGUCUGUGA